CAUCAUUUCCUAUUUUACAUUUCACAUGUCAUUUCCGGUAACAGCUGUCAUUAGCCUAGACAAAAGAUGAAAGGAAAAAGAAAAACAAGAUGCAUUCCAAGAGGAAACUCUGAUGGCAUGGAAACCGAAAUUAUGCGAAUUGAAGGCGAUAGAGAUUAUUUUCAGAGCCUCUCACUAGAAAUCAUUUGCCAUAUUCUUGGAUAUUUACCUCUAAGACAUGUAUUGAGGAUGGAUUGUAUGAACCACAAACUCAGAGAUGCUGUGUCUAUGUAUUUACGUAUCCAGAAAGAGAUUGAUAUGUCAGAGAGGGAUAUAUAUGGCUGGAUGUGUGACACCUUGACUGACAGCACUCUUACAGUGUUCUUGAAGCGGUGUCAUGAUUUAGAAAGCCUGUACGGAUUUCACCCAGGCUUUAUGACCUUAAGACGCCAGCGUGGUGUUGACAUGCUCACGCUCCCAGGAAUCAUCGAUGCUCUUUCAGAAUGCAAAAAUCUGAAAGGAAUUGAGAUAUCAGAUGUUGUUCUUCUACAUGCAAUGAUGGACUUCUUUCCACAAUUGGAAAUUCUCGGAACAUUCAAAAAUAGAAAUGGAACAUUUCCUAUCAAUUGUUCAUCUUCUCUAACAUUAGCAGAGAAUGCAAAGAUCACAUCAUUGCAUCUUAAUGGCAUCGUGAUUGAAAACCUCCCAAAAAUGUACAACUUAAGGCACCUGCAGCUGCGAUGGGUACAUUUUCACGAGUCUAAUCCAUUUAAUGAGUUUAUGGCACCAAAAUUGCAAACAUUUGUCAUGGCUCAUUGUUCAGGGCCAGCCAGUGCAAUAAAAUAUGUCCCACUUGUUGCAAGUCUUGCAAGUUCCAGGUACCUUUCAAGACUUGAGCUGCUACGUGUUCCAUUUCUUGGAGGCUUGAUUCACCAUGUAGUGCAAGACAGUUGGCAAAUGAAUGCCUUUCGUCAGUUGCGUUGUAUCAGAUUUGGAGCAUGUCGCCAUGCUUUGGAAAUGGAUUUAGGUUUCCUCAUCAUUACUGCAGCCCAAAAAGUAGAAGAAGUCAGUAUCCAGCCAUCUCUAACCAAAGAUAACCUGUUUGUUGCAUUAGUAAUGGCUGAUGUCACUUUUCCCUUGUUUUCUACAUUACACCUAGGGUUUGUGGACUCCUUUCCAGCCCCAGAAAAAUGGGACAAUGAGGAUCUUAUUGUGGAAGGUCUGGCUAAUGUAUCUGAAGCUCCAGCAGUUAUCACAGACAUUGGAAUGAGGGCAAUAGGUGUAUGUUUACCCAGAAUCAAGCAUCUGGAUGUCUAUAACUGUCCCCAUAUACUGAGACCAACUCAAUGGUUCACACAAGGAUUGGCAUGCUGGGAACAGCUGACAGACCUGACACUCAGAAGAUGCCAUGCUCUGAAGCUUGAGGAUUUUUGUGAAUUUAUUUCUACUCUUUCAUCCUUACAAACUCUCCAUCUAGAACAAAUGUUCAAGGAACCACCAAAAGGGUGCUCAAGGGUUGGAUUGAGUGCUGGAACAGGAAUGGGACUCUCUUCUGCCAUGCUAAAUCAGCAUUACCAGAAUGCUCCUCCAGCAAACCCUGUAGUCAAUAACAACAAUGUACAGAAUGAUGGAGCCAAUCAAAAUGAAGGAGAGGAUGCUGCUCCAGCCAAUCAAAAUAAUGAUGUGGAUGAUAUCUCAGAUAAUCAGAACAUUGAAAAGGAGGUAGAGAAUGCUGACCUUGAUGAAGAAUUGGUUAAGAUUGAUGAAGCUAAUCAAGGUGCUGUAGAACAGUUAGAUGAAGCUUCAGAUGAAAAACUGUCACAAAAUAAAGAGAAUGAUAAUUUCAGACAGAAGGGAAAUAAUAAAGAUGACACAAAUAUGUUAGAUGAUGGUGUAAAUGACAUAAAUGAGAAAAACAAAACAGACACUGUUUCCACUGGGAUGGAGACUGUGGUUCUUUAUCCUGGUAAAGAUCACAAAGAAAAAGAGUGUGCUUACAGAGGACUCAUCAUAACAGAGUCUUCUAACUUUGAUCAGGAUACAAAAGAGUACAAUCAACCUUGCAUGCAGAACAUUUCUGUGCCAGAGUCUGACAUUUCUGAUAAAAAUGAGGAGAUAAUGGCCUCACCACCACCACCACCAACACUACAGAUGACAGAGAAUAUGGAAUCAGAUUGUCAAGAAAAUGAGAAACACCCUGCAGUGAAUGAGAGUGGAGAAUUUUCUGAUGUCAAAUCUAAUCAUGGAAUAGAUGACUCAACAAAAAUUGAUAUUAAAAUGGAGGAUGCCACUAGCAGUCCUCAAAUGCCCGAAGAUACAACUACCAAACAAUAUGAAAACACAGGAAAGGCUUUGUUUUCAGCUACCUCUAGAAUGAGGCCAACUAGAAGUUGUGUGAAGCGUCACAGACAUCACGUUGACAAAUCUGACAGACCACCGGAUGACCAAGCACCACGAAACCACAAUUCAUCAGAGAUGCCUUCUGCAAACAGGAAGAGAUCGGCCACAAACCAGAAUCUAUCUGAAAGACCUGUAAGAGGAUCUUGUUUAAAUGAGGAUGGUACUACCAAAGCUAAAGUUUUGAAGACAGACAAUUUUCAAUGCUCAUUAUGUUUGUGCCACCAAUGUAAAAGUGAGAAACAGUACUCUUGUAGAAAAAGAUCAAAAAGUCGGGGAUCUGAAGGAAAGAGGAAGUCCACUUGUAAUUGUGAGUGCCAUAAUGAUAACAAAAGAAACAGAUUGAGCAAUCAAGGGGCUGAAGAUGAAGGAAGUUGGAAGAUUGAGAUAGAAAACAGUGGCAUGAAUCACGCAGAGGAUUGUGAAAAACAAGAAUAUGCUGAAACAUGCCAUGUGAAGAAGGAAGUGCAUGUAGAAGAGGAAGUAGAAAAGGUUGACAAAUCUUGUGAGGCCAAGCCAGAGGAAAUCAGACAAACACUGUCAAGAACAGAGAAUUCCAAGACGAGAAAAGGAAAGAAAGGAAGAAGACAACUAAAACAAGAACCUUAUGAAGGUCCAAAGUCCAACAUGAGAGAUGAGUGCACAAGCACUGGAGAUCCUGUUGUGGAGGAAGAUCACAUACAGAUUCUGAAAAUCAAAUCGAGUUCUCUGAUUUCACUCUCUCUGAACAAUGUCGGAAUCACUAGUUUGGUUCUGGAUGAGUGCCCACAACUGAGUAAAUUAUCAGGUCAUGCAUGCAGGGUUUUAAAGGAAGUGAAACUCAAUGCUGUGCCAAAAAUUCAUAAAGUAGACUUUACUCAUUGUGCGAAACUUUCAGAAGAGAGCCUGGCUUAUGAAGUGGCACUUCAGGAGGAAACACUUGAAGAUGGCCAGGUUCGAAGAUAUAACAAAGCCUUGUUUCUUAGGCCAAUGCAUCAGAUUGAUAAGAAGAACUUGGAGCACCUGCUGUUUUCCAGUCCUGAUAUUCAUACCGAUAUUUGUAUUAUAUAUGAUUAUAAUGACCAGGCCUGUAAUAGCUCCUACAAUCACAUGAGAGUAUUCACAUGGGGAGAAGUUCUUACACCUUUAGCCAGUGAGCUGAUAGAUGUGUACAGUUUUCCAGAAUGGAGCAGAAAAGACUGGAAACCUCAGUAUCCUUGGGGACGGGAUAUUUUCCGGAUGUAUGAGAGAAAUGGUAAUCUUAGUCGUCAUGAGAUUGUCACCGACAUGACUUUAAUGAGGAUUCUGAAGGAGAAGCCAAGGCUGCCAGAGAACCAGAUUCACCGAUUCGAUCAUGCACGAGGAAUAUACUGUCCUAACACAAAGGGUCAUUACAGUGCGUAUGCAGCUUUGGACUCCAUCAUGGAGGAAAUGGCCGACAAGUGGUGCACAGGGAUGAUGGUCAGACGACACAGUUGUGUUAUUUAUAUCAACUUGAGUGACACUAAUGGCAGUCCUACAUAUGAUCCAGAUUUUUCUUAACUGAUUGUUUAUCAGCAUGCACAUUCGUUGUCUGUUGCUGUUUGUUAUCAAAUGGAAAUAAGCGGGGAAAAUAGUAAAGCACAACUCGACAUGAAUUCUAGUAGUACAUGUAUUCAUGACUGUAAUAUUCUGCUCAAACAUGUUUACUGACAGAUCUAAACCAAGAUCUUUUCUACUUCCUUCUAAUGACUAAGAGUUGGUAGGUUCAUGUGUUUAUGUAUUAUGAAAAUAAAUUCAUUGGGAUCAACA